CGGCUCCAGAAACUGUCGGUAUCAGUCUCGACAGGCGUGUCUCUUCCUUAUGUGGAAGGCGGAAAUGGCGCACCUGUGAGCUGACGUCACACACUGAAAAAAAAAAAACCUACCUGCUGCAAGUGGUUAGCUCAACUCGCUCAGUUUUGAUAAGUUCUUCCCAAAGACGACGGAGUGAAGCAACUUGGGCCAGUGUGAGCAUCUGCCGAGGAAUAGACCAUUCCACUUGCUUGUACGCAUCUCAAGGAAUAUUUUGGGGGAUUUUCGGCCAGAUGAGGGGCGUCAAGUUCGCGGUGUGGGGAACGUUGGUCGUAGUUCUUCAGACUUUGGCUGUAAAUUCUGCUGAGGAGCAAUCAUGUGUUCCGGGGUUUCAGUCCGACAUGAAGGUUUUCACUAUGAGCAGAAAGCACCUCGGGAGGGGCAGACUCCUUGGCAAAGUGGACUUCACAGACUGUUCUGAUCGCACGAGAUUUCGUUUUAGAAGUGAAGAUACACGUUUCGUGAUACAAACUGAUGGUGUCUUGAAGGUAAACAGACAGGUUUCUCUUCAUGAAGGACAGCAUGAAUUUUUGGUUCACGCCUGGGACUCUCAAGGGCACAAGAUGACCAUUCCUGUAAGGGUAGUGCAUAGUGGCAACCAACACCAAAAUCCUGAGCUUCAUCAAGAGAAUACAGGUGAUUCUGACGUGCCUGUUUUGCGGUUCCCAAAAUCUAAUGGAGGAUUAAGGAGGAGAAAGAGAGACUGGGUUAUUCCUGAUAUUAAUGUUGCUGAGAAUGACAGAGGUCCUUACCCACUCAAAGUAUCUCAAAUUAGGUCAAAUGAAGACAAAGUAAAGAAAAUCUUUUAUAGCAUCACUGGUCCAGGAGCUGAUCAGCCUCCGGUUGGACUUUUUACUAUGGACAGAGACACUGGUAAUCUUUAUCUCACACAACCUCUGGACAGGGAAAAGCAGCCCAAGUACUUGUUUCAAGCAUACGCUGUGGCAGAUGGCGCUGGAAAUGCUGAGGAGCCUAUGGAAAUUAUUGUCAAUGUAAUUGACCAGAAUGACAACAAACCUGUUUUUGAAAAGGAUACCUUUUUGGGAGAAGUGGCUGAGGCAUCCCCCAAAGGGUUUGAAGUCAUAAAAGUCACUGCCACAGAUCUGGAUCAGGAAAACCAUGACAACUCUGAUCUCCGUUACCAUAUUGUAAGCCAAGAUCCAGAUUUGCCCUCACCAAAUCUUUUUGUCAUCAAUCCAGUCACUGGAGUCAUCAGAGUCAAUGCUGGUGGCUUAGAUAGAGAGAAAUAUCCGAAGUACACAUUGGUAGUACAGGCAGCUGACAUGGUGGGCGAAGGGUUGACUGGAGACGCAAAAGUAAUUCUCACUGUGACAGACAGCAAUGACAAUGCACCAGCAUUCACCCAGAGUUCGUACUCCGCAAGCGUGGAAGAAAAUAGAGUUGAUUUGAUAGUUGUAAGAAUGACAGUAACAGAUGGUGAUGAGCCACAUUCUCCAGCCUGGAAUGCAAAGUUCAAGAUUGUUGAUGGUGAUUCUGGAAAUUUUUUCUCUGUUGAAACUGGAGGAAACAAGAAUGAAGGAAUCAUCACGACUGUCAAGGGUCUUGACUUUGAAAAGAAUAGCAAGCAUACUUUGUUGGUUGCAGUAGAGAAUGAAGUUCCUUUUGCUACUCCAUUGCCCACUGCCACCGCCACCGUGAUCAUAGAUGUGGGUGACGUCAAUGAAGCCCCUGUCUUUGAUCCAGUAGAGAAACCUGUGUCAAAGCGGGAAGACCUUCCUGUUGACACUGAUGUGGUACAGUAUACUGCUUCAGACCCGGAUAUUGCACGCAAACAGAAAGUCAUGUAUAAAAUUGUUAGUGACCCAGCAGGCUGGUUGAAUGUGGCCAAAUAUACAGGCCUAAUCACAGUGAAGAGUGCCAUGGACAGAGAGUCCAUCUUUGUCAAGGACAACAAAUACACAGCACUUAUUGGUGCAUACGACAAUGAUGAAGUUCCAGCCACAGGAACUGGCACAUUAAUAAUCCUCCUGGAAGAUGUUAAUGACAAUGCACCCACAAUUGAGGAGCGUGCAUUUACGGUGUGCAACAAAGAAUCUACUCCUCAACUGCUGUCAGUGACUGAUAAAGAUGGACCUGGCUUUGCUGCCCCUUUCAGAGUCGCGUUAGAGGGCACGUCAAAGACCAACUGGACUGCUAGAAUGAAUGACUCCAAAACAGGCAUUAUCUUGAAUUUGGCCACAGAGCUCCCAAGUGGAGAGUACACAGUGGUUCUUCGGGUGGCAGACAACCAAGGUUUAGAACAGGACAACACUAUUCAGGCCAAAGUAUGCGACUGCACAGGAGAACAAGUGGCCUGCAAAGGCCGUGUGGCGGGUGGCACCGACCUGCCAGUUAUCCUGGGUAUUCUCGGAGGAAUCCUUUUGCUUCUCUUGCUGCUGUUACUACUGCUGCUCUUUGCAAGACGCAGAAGGGGAGAAAAAAAAGAGCCUUUACUACAGGAUGAUGAUAUCAGAGACAACAUCUAUUAUUAUGAUGAAGAGGGAGGAGGAGAGGAUGAUCAGGACUAUGAUCUUGGUGUUCUCCACCAAGGGCUGGACAACCGCCCUGAGGUGUUCAGAAACGACGUGAAACCAAUCUUUCUUACGGCUCCCCAGUACCGACCUCGUCCUGCCAACCCAGAGGAAAUUGGCAACUUCAUUGAUGAUAACCUGAAGGCUGCUGACAAUGAUCCUACGGCUCCGCCCUAUGACUCUCUUCUGGUGUUUGACUAUGAGGGAGGUGGCUCCGAUGCAGGAAGCCUGUCCUCUUUGAAUUCUUCCAGCAGUGGAGACCAGGACUAUGACCACUUGGAUGACUGGGGGCCACGCUUCAAAAAGCUUUCUGACAUGUUCGGAGGAGAAGAAGAUGACAACAUGCUGUAAAUGUACCAGAAGUCAAAAUGGAUGAUGCCCAAAUGUUCAUUUCAUGUAGGGAUGGACUGAUUUAGUUUCAGCAUUGACAUUUAACUGCAUAUUUCUGUUUGCAGCCACUCCUCAAAAGCCAAGGGAAGCAUGCUGGGUUUUGUCUUGUAGUUUGUAAUUGCUACACCUAGUCCCAAUUCCUUUUGGACAUCCUAUCCUUUGGUAGUAAAGGUUUUUUGUUAUUGUUUUUGGAUCAAUCGGCCUGUGCAAAAUGCCAUAUUGUGUAUACUGAAAUUUCAGCAGGUAGUUUUGCAACAGACAGCAUGACUAGAAACAUGGAGAUGCACUGGUAAAAUCAAGUUGUACUUGACAAUGUUUCUGGUGUUCCACUACUGCUUUAGUUGAAUUUUUCAUUCUUGCCUUUGGAGGUCUCCUGUUAUAAAUGACCGAGAUGAAAUCACUACUUUUUUUUUUUUCUUACUUUGUAAUAUAACACACAUUUUUGGUGUUGCUUCAAGAGGUGUAUAUAUACACAGUAAACCUUUUUGUUAAAUUUUGAUUUUUAUAAAGUUAUCUUAACUUCUCG